UUCCUCCUAUUACCUCCCGACAGCUAGAAGAUUAAUGCAGCCCACCCUCUGACUACAUUUACCAUCCUCCGGGUCCAGAAGAACAUCUGCAACCACACUGCCACUGCAGCUAGAGACGGGCAGGGAGCAGCACAGGUAACAUAGUUUGACCAUGUCGAUCCUCAAGAUUCAUGCCCGUGAGAUCCUGGACUCAAGGGGGAACCCCACUGUAGAAGUUGACCUGUACACAGAGAAAGGUUUGUUCCGUGCAGCUGUCCCCAGUGGUGCCUCAACUGGGAUCUACGAAGCACUGGAGCUGCGAGACAAUGACAAAUCCCGUUACCUGGGAAAGGGAGUACUACAAGCUGUGGACCACAUUAACACCAGCAUUGCUCCAGCUGUUAUCUCCUCGGGUCUAAGUGUGGUCGAGCAGGAGAGUAUCGACAAUCUGAUGAUUGAGCUGGAUGGAACAGAAAACAAAUCUAAAUUUGGAGCAAAUGCCAUCCUGGGUGUAUCACUCGCUGUGUGUAAAGCAGGUGCUGCAGAGAAAGGAGUACCCCUCUACCGCCACAUUGCUGACCUUGCUGGAAACUCGGACCUCAUUCUUCCAGUUCCUGCCUUUAAUGUCAUCAAUGGUGGGUCUCAUGCAGGAAACAAGCUAGCCAUGCAGGAGUUCAUGAUUUUGCCUGUUGGUGCAGAAAGUUUGCGAGAUGCCCUGCGGAUCGGUGCAGAAGUCUACCAUACCUUAAAGAAUGUAAUCAAAGACAAAUAUGGCAAGGAUGCCACCAGUGUUGGAGACGAGGGUGGAUUUGCCCCAAACAUUCUAGAGAAUAGUGAAGCUCUUGAACUCCUCAAGAACGCAAUUGAAAAAGCUGGCUACACCGACAAGAUUGUGAUCGGUAUGGACGUGGCUGCAUCAGAGUUCUAUCGUGAUGGGAAAUACGACUUGGAUUUCAAAUCUCCAGAUGAUCCCAGCCGAUACAUCUCACCUGAUGAGCUGGCGGACCUGUACCAGAGCUUUGUAUGUGACUAUCCAGUGGUAUCAAUCGAGGACCCAUUUGACCAGGAUGAUUGGGAGGCCUGGAAGAAGUUCACAGCCAAUGUGGGGAUCCAGAUUGUAGGAGAUGACCUGACUGUCACCAACCCAAAACGAAUUGAGAAGGCAGUGGAGGAAAAGGCCUGCAACUGUCUGCUGCUGAAAGUAAACCAGAUCGGUUCCGUCACUGAAGCCAUCCAAGCGUGUAAACUGGCACAAGAGAAUGGGUGGGGUGUGAUGGUGAGCCACCGCUCUGGAGAAACGGAGGACACCUUUAUCGCUGACCUUGUUGUUGGGCUAUGUACUGGACAGAUAAAGACUGGGGCUCCAUGCAGAUCAGAGAGACUGGCCAAGUACAACCAGCUAAUGAGGAUCGAGGAGGAACUUGGAGACCAGGCUCGUUUUGCUGGGCAUAAUUUCCGCAACCCUAGCGCACUUUAAAGGUCCUCUCACAAAUGCACUGAGGCAGUCUGGGUCCCAUCUCCUUAUACCAGUUGCACCACUCUAACUUCAAGCUAAUCACCUCUCCUAUGAUUGCCACUCCACUCUCAACCCCCACUAGAGCCAUCAUCAAAAAGGGACCAUGUCAUGUCCAGCCGUAACCAGUUGUGUAACAAAUAUUCCCCAGUAUAAGAUGUAGAACUGUCUCAGAAGGUCCAGCUGUUUCUCAAAUAGUCUGGCAUUUAGCUGUUGACCAAGUUUAGACAUAGAAGCACUCCUUUUCAGCUGGGAAAAGUUAGGCAAUUUACACCACCUGCACACAACAUAACAUCUUAAUUCCUGCCCCUUUCUUGCCAGCUUAACUCUCCACAGCAAAAGUCACACCCAGUGCCACUAGUCUGUCAUGUGUGGCCCUGCAGGAAAUAAGGGAAGCAAGUUGUUCAGUUUAAAACUUUCAAGCCCUGAUGUAGGCCUGUCACACAGUGGAGAAAAGGAUGUUGCAUCGCGUCUCACUGCUUAUUAUGAAAAGUAGAAAACAAAGUGAAAUGCAAGAUUCAGAAGUAAAUUGGCUUUCAUCUUCCAUGUGUGUGCUGUCUGUCCUAACUAGAAAAAUAUAAUAAAAAUAUAAUGAUAGUGGUA